GUGCGCCCAAGGUUCAACAGUAAGCUUCCAAAUUUAACGCUGACAGACCUGCAGGUUGAAUUGUGUUCCUAUUGGUCAUUUAUGUCGUACAAUGGUUUGACUUUAGUAACAGUUCAUUAAUACUGGGAAAGUUUGCGAAGUAGAGGCCAGACACCGAGAGCGUUUUGACAGCUGAGGUGGCGAGCAAGUCAACGUGAAUAGAGGACAAUAUGGUCUAUUCUUUCAUACUGGAAGCUGUGCGGCAACAUCAAUCACUUAACGCAGUGCGUUGGUCGAAUAUAGAAACGCAUGCAAAACAGUGUGCACCUUCAGAAACCGACUACAGCACCAUCCAGAUAUAUUUUCUAUAGGACCGCAGAUCGCUCAGCUAUUGUGAGCGCUAUAUUUUGCACACAGAAUCGAAGCAUUUCUCUCGACACAAGGUUGAGAAGUAAAGAAGAAAAUGAUGGUGGACAGGUGUCAGUAUAUAGGCGAGGACCUUCUACUGCACAUAAAUUCAAAGAAGCUGGCAAAGACCUCACCUAUCUCAUAGUUGUGCUCAUCGGACUUGGAGUAACUGGUGGGUUGUUGUAUGUGGUGUUCCAGGAGCUGUUCUCCUCCUCCAGCCCCAACAAGGUCUACAGCAAAGCCUUCAACGAAGCCAGGUUACACCCAGAGAACCCUGAAACUGGGAAGUUAGAGUUUCGCUACAUCUUCGUGGAAGUUGACACCUACCCAAGGAGAACCAUCGUCAUCGUGGACAACAGAUAAGAUGGAGGCUGACUCUUUUACCGGUCUGAAAAGGUGCUGGUGCAGGGAGUAGAUUAAUUUGUUGCUGAGUAAUAUUUGUGACACAAUGUCUUCUCAACAGAUGCCGAUACAGUUUUACAGAGUGUAUCAGUUUAAACCACAAAAUAGCAGAUGGCAAUCAAGUCUAUAUCUCCCGAUGUCUUGUUUAGUAUUAGUUUUAAUGUUGAUAGCGUUGUCACAGAUAUGUUGGGUGAUUUAGAAAAAUGGGGUAAGAAGAUGAUUGUAAGUGAAACAGAUCACUCUACAGCCAACGCUCAGGACAAUUUCUCUAUUUUGAGACGAGAGGGAGCAUGUUGGAUGGUGCUUCUUUGAGGUGGCUGUUGCCUGCUGAUUGCCAACCAAUGCAGUGUUGAAGGUCCAGAGGAUGGAAGGCCUUUGUGAAGGAAUUAUACUCUUUUUCUGUGACAUCAUGGAAACUGUUGCACAGAUGCUAUUUGUGUUUCGACACUCAAAUGUGAGAAUGUAGCCUAUUUUCUUGGUUGUGGAGCAGUACUAAACGGAGACACAAACCUGUCAAGAGAUCAUUGGGAUUUUGCUUAAGAUGAUUUGGUGUUAAAAGUAAAAGUUGAGAUUUGAUUUGUCAACAUUAACGAGUGUGUUCCUGCGAUGAGAUUUGACAUCUCGUGAGCUAAAUAUCGCGUUGACAUUUAUACCCCUUGGAAUUUAAAUGUCAAUCACGUUUUGCAAUUGUGUUCCCCACAUUCAAGUGUAUUGGAGAAAGAAAUGACACUUUUAAUAAAUUGAUUAU